CCCUUCCCUCCUAUCUCCUUCUCUCUGUCGGAUACUCCAUUACAGCUCCCUCUAAUACUCUUCCACCAAUAUUCCAACCAGUUCCAGUCCACAUUUUCCUACAAUUUUCUAUUCUAUCCUCCUCAAUAUGACACAACUCCUCCAUCUUGUAGGCAUUUUCCACUCUGUUAACUAAUUGCCUUCCGGGCACUUGUACCCCCUUCCUGCCCAGGCCAAUUUUCAGCUUUCUAUCACUUUGAACGACAAUUGCGUGAUCAUGCAACACUGUACCCAUAUUAAAUUUUUAUCA